AAUAUCAUAUAUUUUUCAUUUUGUUACCAACCAGACAAAAAUCAAAGUUUUAAACUAGCAACGAAAAUGAACGCGAAAUAUCUAACCAUUAUAUGUUUAAUAGUUAUUCAUUGCCAGACAGCGAAAUCCAACGACCCUCCCGAAGAGGAUCGAAAAGGGAAAAGUAUUGUGGUAGCUUCGACUAGCGAACAAGAGGCCAAGCAAAAAGAAAUAGAAGAAUUAUUGAAGAAGGUAGAAGAAAGAGAAGAAGACAUCUGGAAGAUAGUAGAAAUAAAAAAAGAGGGUCAAUCAGAAGGUUACACUACCAAAGACACUCUGUUAAAGGUGUUACCUGAUCAACCAGAUAAGAUAGUCAACUGGCUAAAUGAAAAUCCAGGAAGUGACGAAGAUGGAACAUUCAUAAUAAAAAAGCCCAGAUUUAGAGCUUUAUUGCAAAACCUUGAACCGAAUCCUGAAAAUGAACAAAAACGGAUGAUAGAAGUAAAAAAAUUAUGGAAGAAAAUACAAGUAAAAGACAUAGACGAAUCAGAAGUAAAACGCCCAAACUACACUACCAGAACCGAAGUGAUAAAAGUGUUACCUAAAUAUACAGAUGAGAUAUUCGGAUGGAUAGAAAACGAUGGUGGUCUAUUCGAAAUAACAAAGGACAAAUUUCAAGACUUGAUGCGAUACAUUCCAAUAAGUCUUGAAGCGCUAAUAGCGCUAAAUGAACAUUUAGCAGAAAAUCCAUCGACCUUUUUAGAUUAAACCUUCAGUUUGCUAUUAGCGAGUAACUACUGCACCGCCAAUAGCUUUUAAAAGUACAUUUAAUAUGUUUUCACAUUCAUAGUAAUAUUUUACAAAUUUUAAUAAUAAUCACUUAAAAAGAUGUGUUUAAAAUGUCUAUAACCCAUCAUAAGUAUGUUAUUAUUUGUAUAAAAAUCAAUCAAUAAUAUAAAAAAAUGCCGACUUGUUAUAAUAA